AUGUCCGGUACCACGUCCUCCGAGAAGCUACGCUCAACAUGCGACAACUGCGCCUUAUCCAAGGACCUCGAGUGCGUCUACGGCCGCUCGCAGCGCAGAGGCAAGCCGCGCGCUGCACAGCACCAUCACCACCAGCAGCAGCAGCGCCAGCAGCAGCAGCGGGACCAGCCGCUGCACUCGCCCUACAGCUGGUGCAGCACCGACCCCUUCGAUGUCAUGAACACCUUCCCCGACCUCCGCACCACCCUGCCCGACGCCGCCAUGUUCGACCCCACCAGCAUGUGGCCCGAAUACAGCCCGCCCUACCCCGGCCUCGACCUCGACAGCAGCAGCACCGACGACGUGCGCACCGUCAAUUCAGAGCCCGCCGGAAAAGACGUCUCGCCAAUGCCCGACGUCCAGCCGACCACCACCACCAGCAACUCGUCCGUCCUGCUCAGCUUCGCCGCGCUGGACAAGCCGUGCACCGGCAACACGUGCACCAGCACCGUCUUCUGCACGCUGGGCACCCUGUGCCACAUGGGCGCGGCCUCGGUGGGCGGGAUCCCGCAGCAGCAGCAGCAGCAGCGUGGAGACGUCGUCGACAGUACCACCACCUGCAGGAUCUCCAGCGACCUGAUCCUCAAGACGAACCGCAUGGCCAUCCAGCGGCUGCAGCAGCUGCUGGCCGGCGACUGCGCGGCCUGCGCGCGCGACGUCAACCUCGGCCUGCUGCUGUGCGCGGCCGUCUCCAAGAUCAUGGAGUGGUACCGCGCCGUGCUGCACGGGCUGGCGGCCGGCGGCGGCCCGGUGUCGUCGUCGACGGCCGUGGUCCGCAAUAUCCACGGCGCCGUCGCCAUGACGCCCAUCACCAUGGGCGACUUCCAGCUCGACCUCGCCGCCGAGACGCGCAUGAAGGCCCAGCUGCUGCUGUGCGAGCUGCAGAACGUCGGCCCGCUGGUCGACGCCCUGGCGCUGCGGAACGCCGGCGGCGGCGGCAGGCAGGAACGGGGGACCGCUGGCGGUGCUUACGCCGCCUUGGACGGCCACUUGCGAGCCGCGCUGGGUGAGCUGACGGCCGAGAUCGACGGGCUGGUCGUGUCGUCGUCGUCGGCGUCGGCGUCGUCGGCGGCCUCGUCUUCGUAG